CUAGAACAGGAAACCUUCAGUGUCACUUUUAAUUAAAUGAAACUGAAAGUUUGUCAGAGUGACAGCAGAGCUGCACUCGAGACAAAACUCUGCAUUUCUGUCUAAAAAAAAUUAAACAGAGUUCAUCAGGAUAUUCUCAAAAACUGCUCAAAUACUGGGUGUAGACAUGUCUGCUGCCAGCAACCUGAGAUCUGAAGAUCAAUAUCUCUGCUCCAUCUGUUUGCAUGUGCUCACUGAUCCAGUCUCCACACCAUGUGGACACAACUACUGUAAAAACUGCAUCAAUCAACACUGGAAUAUUAAUGUCUCUUGCCAGUGUCCCAUGUGUAAUGAAGUUUUCUACACAAGACCUCAGUUGAAGAUCAACACUUUCAUCUCUGAGAUGGUUGCUCAGUUCAGACAGGAAGCUCAACAGAAAGCCAGCAGCAGCAGCUCAGAGCAACAACUUGCCAAACCAGGAGAAGUUUCCUGUGACGUCUGCACUGGAACCAAACUGAAGGCCCUGAAGUCCUGCCUGGUAUGUUUGGUCUCCUACUGUGAGACUCACCUGGAGCCUCAUCUGACAGUGUCAGUCCUGAAAAGACAUCAGCUGAUGGACCCUGUGGAGAACCUGGAAGACAGGAUGUGUACGAAGCACGAUAAACCUCUGGAGCUGUUCUGUAAGACCGACCAGACAUGUGUCUGCAUGCUCUGCUCUGUUUUAGACCACAGGACACAUUAUGUUGUUCCUCUGAAAGAAGAAUAUGAAGGAAAGAAGGCAGAGCUGGAGAAGACAGAGGCUGAAAUUCAGCAGAUGAUCCAGAAGAGACGACUGAAGAUUGAGAAGAUCAAACACUCAGUCAAGAUCAGUAAAGAUGAUGCAGACAGAGAGAAAGCAGAAGGUGUUCAGGUCUUCACUGCUCUGAAGGAGUCUGUUGACAGAGGCCUGAACCAGCUCAUAAAGGAGAUGGAAGAGAAACAGAAAACCACAGAGAAACAGGCUGAAGACUUGAUCACAGAGCUGGAACAGGAAAUCUCUGAGCUGAUGAAGAGAAGCACUGAGGUGGAGCAGCUCUCACUCUCUGAAGACCACCUCCACCUCCUCCAAAACUUCCCAUCCCUGAAAGCUGCUCCACCCACCAAGGACUGGACAGAGGUCAGAGUCCGUCCACCAUCAUAUGAGGGGACUGUGGUGAGAGCUGUGGCUCAGCUGGAGGAGACGCUCAGUAAAGAGAUGAAGAAGCUGUUUGAGGCUGAGCUGAAGAGGGUCCAGCAGUAUGCAGUGGAUGUGACUCUGGAUCCUGAUACAGCAAAUCCUGAACUCAUCCUGUCUGAUGAUGAGAAACAAGUGAAACAUGGUGAUGUGAGGAAAAAUCUUCCAGACAACCCAGGGAGGUUUUCUAACCGUGUUAAUGCUUUAGGAAAGCAGAGUUUCUCUUCAGGCAGACUAAACUUUGUGGUUCAGGUUAAAGGAAAGACUGACUGGACUUUAGGAGUGGCCAGAGAGUCGAUCAAGAGGAAGGGAGACAUCACACUGAGACCUCAGAAUGGGUACUGGACGAUAUGGUUAAGAAGUGGAAAGGAUUAUAAAGCUCUUGAUGACCCUCCAAUCACUCUCUCUCUGAAGUCUGGUCCUAAGAAGGUGGGGGUGUUUGUGGAUUAUGAGGAGGGUCUGGUCUCCUUUUAUGACGUAGAUGCUGCAGCUCUCAUCUACUCCUUUACUGGCUGCUCCUUCACUGAGAAACUCUACCCAUUCUUCAGUCCCUGUCCUAAUCAUGGUGGUAUAAACUCUGCUCCUCUGAUCAUCUGUCCUGUCAAUCAAACUGUCUGAUCUCUUUGUCAACAAUGAAUAUACACUACAGGCCAAAAGUUUGGAAGCAACUUCAAGUUUCUGUUCACAAUGCCUUUCUUAAAAACCAGUAUGGGUUCCACUGAUUUUGGGAUGUAUUUUCUGCAUGAUCAGACUUUGCUUUCAUUGAUAUACAUUGAUGUUACCAGACCAUUGCUGAAUAAAUGUUAACAAAAGAAAAGAAGGGCUUAGUUUUAGGGUUGAGAGGAUUUGCAAGAGUCACAACUUCAGUGUGAAAGUAAAAAACAAAUCACAGUUUGCAUUAUUCACUUCACGCAGUUUGCUUACAAAAAUCCCAAUAUAUCUCAACUGUGUUCAUAUCUCUGACAAACUACCACCGAAAUGGCUAGAAAGAAACAGCUGAGUAAAGAAACAAGAACACAGAUUUGUACAUUGAGGAAAGAAGGACACACUGAAAGAGAAAUUGCAAAACGCAUAAUGGUGUCCAACAAAGGAGUUCCCUAAAGAGACUAGAAGAAACUGGAAGUUAUGAUGAUAGAAAAAGGUCUGGUAGAAAGAGCGUUACUACAAAGGCAGAGGAUAAACGUAUCAUUAUCACCAGUAAGAGAGAUCGGCGAAAAACAGCACCACAAAUAAGGGAGAAAAUCAACAUGACAAGGUCAAAACCCAUAUAUCUGACAACUGUGAAAAGACGUUUGAGAAAGGCUGGUCUGAAAGGUUGUGUAUCUGCAAAAAAAAAAAAAAUGCUACUUUGUCCACAUAACAAGAAAAAGAGAUAUGAGUGGACAAAAGCACACAAAAAUUGGCAAACUGGUGAACGCCUUAAAGCACCAUGCGUAACACCCACAAUAAAGCAUGGAGGUGGUAGUGCCAUGGAAUAGGGAUGUUUUGCAGGUGAUAGAGUAGGAGAUUUGUUUGAAGUAAAGGGUAUUAUGAAGAAGGAACAGUACCACUCCAUCCUCCAGGAUCACGCGGUUCCAUCUGGACUGAGACUUGUGGGUCGAAAGUUUGUUUUGGAGCAAGAUAAUAACCCUAAGCAUUCUUCGAAGCUCUGUUACCUAGACAACAAAGAAGAGGAAGGUGUUCUUUGAAUGAUGGUUUGGCCCCCUCAGUCUCCAGACCUCUCUCCAAUUGAGCUUGUGUGGGACAAAUUGGAUCGAUCAAUCAGAAAAGUGUGUCCCACGAAUCAGCAGUCUCUCAUUGAUGAACUUAAGAAAACUUGGAAUGCAAUUCCUGGCACAUACCUUAAAAAACUUGUGGAAGGAAUACCCUGUAUAUGCCAUGCUGUUGUUAAAGCCAGAGGAGGUUACUUUGAAGAAAGCAAUGUCUAAGCAAGAAAGACCAAAAUACAUGAUAAUUAUAGUAAAAAUGUAUCCUGAUAAGUGACUCUAAAUAAUAAUCAUGUUUAUUUUGCUACAAAAUAUACCAAUGAAACUAUGAUCUUUUUUUGUACAAAUUUGAUCUUGCUUCCAAACUUUUGGCCUGUGGUGUACUUGUCACAUUGAUCUUUUCAUUUAAACCCAAGAUUGAAUAAAAAAUAUACUGUACCUGACAAUGUUUUCAUACUACAAUAGUAGCACAGCUGUCAGUACAGGGAUGCCACCGGAUUAGAAUGAAUAAAAUCAUUCCAAACAAUCACAGACUAAUUAUUUUCUAAAGCCCCCCUCCAAAGAACAUCAAGUAUUUAACCCUGAUUUUUAUAUAAUCCAAGGCAUAUCAAGUGAAAAAAGCAUUAAAUACAGUGCAGAGUAUUUCCACCUUGGAACUGCAGAGUGCUAAUGACCAGUCUCAAAAACACAGAUUAGACAACCUGGGUUUCAUUCAUCACAUACCUAGGGAACCAAUCCCAUCAACUUGGGGGGCUUUUUUUCACCUAAAAAGGGUUUUAUGAAGGAAAACUAUGUUAAACCUAAACCUAAUAGAAUAUUUAACAUAAUUAAAGACAUGUCUAGAAGGGAACCUUCAAUUAAAAGAUUCACUGUCAUUUCUGGUAACUGAUGUACACAGUCAGUGGUAAUGUACAGGGUAACUGUAUUUUCAACUGAAUACAAUUAAUGUGGCUAUGUCUUUAAGGUUUGUUAUGUCUUUAUUUAACUUAUGUUGUAUUUUUACCUUUAACUUGUCUUUUCAGUCCUUCAGUGUCCCCACAUUAUUAGGGUGUUAUUAUUAUCAGGGUUUAACAGAUUUUUUAAACAAAUGUCUUGUAAUCUAAUAACUGCAACAGCUAUAGUAUCUGCAAUGAUUCUCUAAAAUCAUGACAAAGUUGAAUAUUAUUAAUAUUAAUAUUAUUUUUGAGACAAAUCAAAGAGAGAAGAUCAUGAAUGAACAAGAACUCUGUAAUCUGUGUUUGUCACAUUAAAAACAUUAAAAUGAAAAUUAA